AUGUGCGAGCAGUAUGAUGAGCGAAAGAAGAACAAAAUCGAUCGGCAACAGGAAGAAGAAGCCAGUAAAAUGCUCGUCGCCGACACAUCAACUCAUUGCCCGGGCCCGGAAUGUGAGUACAAGACCACUAAGAACGGCGGCUGCGGUCACAUCACAUGCAGUGGCUGUAAUUUUGAGUUCUGCUACACCUACUCUGCCUCAUACUGA